AGUUACAGAGUCCCUUCGCUGACCACAACCAGACCAGGUGCUGCGAGUGGCUGAGAUGCUGCGGUGGAGGGGAACCCAGGCCCCGCACUGUGUGGUUGGGGCACCCGGAGAAGAGAGACCAGAGGUAUCCUCGAAAUGUCAUCAACAAUCAGAAGUACAAUUUCUUCACUUUUCUUCCUGGGGUGCUGUUCAACCAGUUCAAAUACUUCUUCAACCUUUAUUUUUUGCUUCUUGCCUGCUCCCAGUUUGUUCCUGAAAUGCGGCUUGGCGCUCUCUAUACCUACUGGGUCCCCCUGGGCUUCGUGCUGGCCGUCACUGUCAUCCGUGAGGCAGUGGAGGAGAUCCGGUGCUACGUGAGAGACAAGGAAGUCAACUCCCAGGUCUACAGCCGGCUCACAGCAAGAGGGACGGUCAAAGUGAAGAGUUCCAGCAUCCAAGUUGGAGAUCUCAUCAUUGUUGAAAAGAACCAGCGGGUCCCUGCUGACAUGAUCUUCCUGAGGACAUCAGAAAAAAACGGGUCUUGCUUCUUGCGGACGGAUCAGCUGGACGGGGAGACAGACUGGAAGCUACGCCUUCCCGUGGCCUGCACGCAGAGGCUGCCCACGGCUGCCGACCUUCUGCAGAUUCGAUCGCAUGUGUACGCGGAAGAGCCAAGUAUUGACAUUCACAACUUCCUGGGAACUUUUACCAGGGAAGACAGCGACCCUCCGAUCAGCGAGAGCUUGAGCAUCGAGAACACGCUGUGGGCCGGCACUGUGGUGGCGUCAGGUACCGUUGUGGGUGUCGUUCUUUAUACUGGGAGAGAACUCCGGAGUGUCAUGAACACCUCGAAUCCCCGCAGUAAGAUCGGCCUGUUUGACCUGGAAGUGAACUGCCUCACCAAGAUCCUCUUUGGCGCUCUGGUGGUGGUCUCGCUGGUCAUGGUUGCCCUUCAGCACUUUGCCGGGCGCUGGUACCUCCAGAUCAUUCGCUUCCUCCUCUUGUUUUCCAACAUCAUUCCCAUCAGUUUGCGUGUGAACCUGGACAUGGGCAAGAUUGUAUACAGCUGGGUGAUUCGAAGGGAUUCAAAAAUCCCCGGGACUGUGGUUCGUUCCAGCACGAUUCCCGAGCAGCUGGGCAGGAUUUCUUACUUACUCACAGACAAGACAGGCACUCUGACCCAGAACGAGAUGGUUUUCAAACGGCUCCAUCUGGGAACGGUAGCCUAUGGCCUCGACUCCAUGGACGAAGUUCAGAGCCACAUCUUCAGCAUCUACACCCAGCAAUCCCAGGACCCACCGGCUCAGAAGGGUCCCACGAUUACCACCAAGGUCCGGCGGACCAUGAGCAGCCGUGUGCACGAGGCGGUGAAGGCCAUUGCACUCUGCCACAACGUGACUCCCGUGUACGAGUCCAAUGGUGUGACUGACCAGGCGGAGGCCGAGAAGCAGUACGAGGACUCCUGCCGUGUGUACCAGGCGUCCAGCCCAGAUGAGGUGGCUCUGGUACAGUGGACCGAAAGCGUGGGCUUGACCCUGGUGGGCCGAGACCAGUCUUCCAUGCAGCUGAGGACCCCUGGUGACCAGAUCCUGAACUUCACCAUCUUGCAGAUCUUCCCCUUCACCUACGAGAGCAAACGCAUGGGCAUCAUUGUGAGGGAUGAAUCAACUGGAGAAAUUACAUUUUACAUGAAGGGAGCAGAUGUGGUCAUGGCUGGCAUCGUGCAGUACAACGACUGGCUGGAGGAAGAGUGUGGCAACAUGGCCCGUGAAGGGCUGCGCGUGCUGGUGGUGGCAAAGAAAUCUCUAGCAGAGGAGCAGUAUCAAGACUUCGAGGCCCGCUAUGUCCAGGCCAAGCUGAGUGUGCAUGACCGCUCCCUCAAAGUGGCCACGGUCAUUGAGAGCCUGGAGAUGGAGAUGGAGCUGCUGUGUCUGACGGGCGUGGAGGACCAGCUGCAGGCAGAUGUGCGGCCCACCCUGGAGACCCUGCGGAAUGCCGGCAUCAAGGUGUGGAUGCUGACGGGGGACAAGCUGGAGACGGCAACGUGCACAGCGAAGAAUGCCCAUCUGGUGACCAGAAACCAGGACAUCCACAUCUUCCGGCUGGUGACCAACCGCGGGGAGGCCCACCUAGAGCUCAACGCCUUCCGCAGGAAGCAUGACUGCGCCCUGGUCAUCUCUGGGGACUCCCUAGAGGUCUGCCUCAAGUUCUACGAGUACGAGUUUAUGGAGCUGGCCUGCCAGUGCCCGGCUGUGGUCUGCUGCCGCUGCGCGCCCACCCAGAAGGCCCAGAUCGUGCGCCUGCUCCAGGAGCGCACAGGGAAGCUGACCUGCGCAGUAGGUGACGGUGGCAAUGAUGUCAGUAUGAUCCAGGAAUCAGACUGCGGAGUCGGCGUGGAAGGAAAGGAAGGAAAACAGGCUUCCCUGGCUGCAGACUUCUCCAUCACCCAAUUUAAGCAUCUUGGCCGGCUGCUCAUGGUGCACGGCCGGAACAGCUACAAGCGGUCAGCCGCCCUCAGCCAGUUCGUGAUUCACAGGAGCCUCUGCAUCAGCACCAUGCAGGCUGUCUUUUCCUCUGUGUUUUACUUUGCCUCCGUCCCUCUCUAUCAAGGAUUCCUCAUCAUUGGGUACUCCACGAUUUAUACCAUGUUUCCUGUAUUUUCCCUGGUCCUGGACAAAGAUGUGAAGUCGGAAGUGGCCAUGCUGUAUCCUGAGCUCUACAAGGAUCUCCUUAAGGGACGACCGUUGUCCUACAAGACAUUCUUGAUAUGGGUUUUGAUUAGCAUCUAUCAAGGGAGCACCAUCAUGUAUGGAGCACUGCUGCUGUUCGAGUCGGAGUUCGUGCACAUCGUGGCCAUCUCCUUCACGUCGCUUAUCCUCACUGAGCUGCUGAUGGUGGCGCUGACCAUCCAGACCUGGCACUGGCUCAUGACGGUGGCUGAGCUGCUCAGCUUGGCCUGCUACGUCGCCUCCCUGGUGUUCCUCCACGAAUUCAUCGAUGUGUACUUCAUUGCCACCUUGUCAUUCUUGUGGAAAGUCUCGGUCAUCACGCUGGUCAGCUGCCUGCCCCUCUACGUCCUCAAGUACCUGCGCAGACGGUUCUCCCCACCCAGCUACUCGAAGCUCACGUCGUAGGCUGUACGCUGGCAGAGGGGACCCUGGUCUCUGUGCCGAGGGAGUUCACGUUCCAUCUGCAUUACCUGCCACCUGUGGAUUCUGCAGGGAUCGCUGACACGUGCAGUUCUGAUGGGAUGAGCCGUGCACGGAAAUGGAGCCCUCACGCUGAACGGACAGGAAGGAGGUUCCUGAGAGGUGCCCGCUUGGGCCUGUUUGAACCCCUGGUCGUUCAUAUGUGAGCAAAUGUGAAUACAUUAAAACUGGCGGCUCGGCUGGGAGAUGGGUGUGGGUCCCUGUGCGAGCUUCCUUAUGACUUGAAUUCUGUCCUUGUGUGAUAAAAGUUUUUGUCUAUUGAAGGUGGUAGAAGGCUUGUUUUUUUUUUUCUUUUUGUUAACAGUCCUAAUGUGUGUGUACUCUUUAAUUUUUUCUCGCUCUUAAAAAGGGAUGUCAGGAAAAGACAAAAGUGCUUAGCAUAGGUGUGGGAGGAGAAGAAGGUGACAUUUGGUGAAAAAUUAUCUAAACAGUAAUCUCUGUUUGGAAAUAGCUUCUCUGGGCAGCCCUGCUCUGCUUACCCAUGUUACACCGGCUGGCUGGGAUGUUAACAAGUAAAUUAGGAGAGAGAGAGAGAGAGCCAUAAAUCCAGCCCGUUUUCCUUGAUCUGAUUCAACAGCUGUAGGACUUGAGUUAACUUCACCUGCCACCUCGUAAAAGAAUUUCAGAAGUGUGAUCCCGCUUUAUCAGGACCUGGCAACAAUUUACAAAGUCAGUGACUCUCUGAGGACACCCUCGGACAUUUUCAGCAGCGUUGUUUUAGCAGGGAAUGUGCGGCUGAGCAGCCCUUAAAUGUGUCGACAGCGUGAUAAGAGACUCAACUAAUUCUUUAGACAACAUGGCAGAUGUGACUCAGAUCCUCCGGCUCCAAAGCGGAAAGGUCAGGGAACGGGGGCUCUUCUCUCAUCCACAGAAAUCUGUUUCCUGUUAGGAGGAAUUAUUGAGGAUGAACUGACAAAGGCAGGGCCAUCUUGUCACGCUCCCAUUCAUCGGUAGCCGCCUUCAGAGCAAGGCGCCCCAGUGGGAGGAGGCUCGGACUGCAGCUCUGGGAUCUGGGAUCUGUUCCACUGCCUGCAGAUUUCAAGAGGAACUUGCUGAAAGGCAGCCAGUAGUAAGGAUUCCUCUCCUACCAGGAUGGACUACAUGCGUGUGGGUUUCCAACAGAGCGUGGCUUCUUGCUUCAGAGGAAGAUGGGUGGGCAUUUCCAAGCUUUGGACAUGGCAAAGCAAGGCAUUCUUGGGUUCUUAAGUCCCUUCUUGUAGAAGCCACACGUGCAUGCCAUAAGGGUUAAGUUGGUAGAUGGUCAAGAGCGGAGUGUGCUGAUAUCUUGGAUGUAUGAUUAAUUCUGUUUUGAAUACAUACCCUUCAAACUUC